AUGGCAUCUCCUGCGAUACGUCCGAGCAGGCCUGUUGGCUUAUUCGAUCCUCGACAAGAGGGCGAGUACCCUAUUAUCCUGGGAGACAGCUUGGAUCAGGACACUAAAUCCAAGGACGCCUUUGUGAACAUCCGCUAUAACUGGCAACCGAAAUCUGGUUUUCUAGAUGGCCGCGAGAGUAAGUUGAGGAGGUCGGGAGAUCGAUGGCAUCUUGAUGUAUCGAACAACAGCUCCGGGAAUUACCAAUAUGUGAGCAUAGCGACUCAUGACCAAUCUGGGACAUCUGAGGAAGGGACAAGACCUUUGAUGCUCAUUUUCGAUGAAUCCAAAUCUGCCUUUGUCCUUGAAGCUAUCUCUGCGACUUUGGAUAUGAAUCUCAAAGCUGGACCCGGCAUGCCCAGGGACGCUGCUCGAGAUCUACCACAACUCCACAAGGAUCAGCAAACGAGCAAGAAAGAGCCACAAGCGAACGGGCAUUCGGGCACUUCAGCCGACGAUGAGACUCCCGAUGCAUCCAAUCCCUACGAUUUCCGUCAUUUCCUAGCCGAAGCGCGCGAAAAUGCAGGGAAAUCUACGCAAGCUCCAGGAGCUCACACGCCCAUGCCAGGAAGCCGGACACCAUUGAGCGGAACAUCCACGCCCGUCCCAGGCGGAAAUCGCUUCUUGCCCACAACACCGCAAUUCCGGCCGUCACAGACGAAUACCACAUCAAAACCUACAGAACAGCGAAAAUCCAAGGUCGAAACGACAGGGUCACGGAGUAUCAAAGCCGCGACGAAACCGACCGUGAAGCGAGAUAGCACAAAGAAAGAUCAACCACUCAGCAAAGCCACCAUCUCCGACUCGGACGAUUCCGAGAACGAGACCAUCAACGUCGCGAAGCCAGCUGUCUCGGCAUCAAAGCCUACAGCCUCGAAACCUUCUAGACCACUCGGCGCGAAAGGGCAUACUCGCAAUAUCUCGGCCAACAUUGGCAGUUCACCACAUAUCAUUAUUAACGACGAUGACGGCGACCUCGAAAUUGACAUGGGCAGUCCACCCCCGGAGGAUGAACGAUCUCGUAGACGCGGAAGAGUCGAUCCGGAAGCGUUCAGGAGUCACACGGGCACGCCGAUCGGCGGAUUGAGUUCCAACUUCAGACCGACAAGUAGACCCAUCUCCAGGCCGCCGGUGGUGGAGGAGUCAGCUCGUGGCUACGGCCGAGAGAGGGAUGGAGAUGUUCGGAUGAAAGAUAUCGAAGCCGCUUCCGAGGAAGAUGAAGACGACGACGUGGAGGAAUUCAAGCUGGGUAGCCCGAGAGAACAGAGCAGUGCCCCUCGACGAGGCGAGGUGUCGAGGGACGAACCAGACGACCAUGAACAGGCCGGAGGCCGUCAGCCGUCUCAGGAGGCCCACCAGACGCCACCAACCCCGCCCGCCCCAGCCAACACGUACGACGAGGACGAUGAAGACCUACUUGAAGCGGCAUUGGAGGCGGCGCUGGAGGAAGAAAACGGGAAUCAGAGUACCGGUGUCGGGCUGGGGAUUGGCAUGACGAAUAGCAACGUACAAGAUGACGAGAGUGAGGUUAGCGAGGAGGAGUAA